ACCCCACCUCGCCCUGCAACGAAUGUUCUCCUGCUGCCCCGGCAGCCUGCACUUUGCACACGCUUGUCUCCAGCACAGCCCCCAGCCCCUCGCCUGCCUUCCUCUGAGCCCUUCCCAAAGAUUCCUGGGUGCUGCCUGCUGUGCAGUCAGUGGCCCAGUUCUAGCAGCCCGGCUGGCACGUGGCACUGCCUCCCCCCUCUCCGGUUAGCUCCAGCUCAGCCCUGAGCCCCAUGCUGAGAAAUGUCUGAGUGUGGUCGGUGGGUCCCCUCUGCCCGGGGCUGGGUCCUGAGCAGCUGGCUUCUGGUAGGAAGCCGGGCAAGGUGCCUCCCCAACCCUUGGAGGUCAGCAGCCUGGCUGGGCUGGGCUGGGCAGGCCAAGUGCCCCUUCUCUCCCCUCAGGGUCAGCUGGCCCAGGCAGGGGCUAUGCUGGAGAGGCAGGUGGGCUGUGACUGGACUGGCUGGGAGCUGGCUUCCUGGCCGGGAGAGCCUCAGCCUUCCUCUGAAAGCAUCCCCUCUCUGGGCAAGGGAGAGGUGGGGUCCUCCCAGCAGGGAGCAGCCUCGCCUCCCCACCCCACCCCCACCAAAUCCUCUACUCUCAGCCCCCCACCCCACCUCAUCCUCGUUCAUUUGCUUGAAGGUGGGUUCCGGCUGCCAGCCAGUUCCCGGACAGACUCCCCUGCCACUCUUCAACCUCACUUAUUUUGCGUAAACCCAGCAGGCUGGCGUUUACUUAGCCCAAUACUUUUUCCCUUUUCUUUCCUCUUUUUUUUUUUUUCCCCUUCCUUCCAUUCUUUUCUUUUUUUUAAGAGUUCACCGUUUGGUAUUUUCUCCUCCCCCAGGCGAGGGAGUGGUUCUGUUCUCUCCCUACCCACUGGCUGGGUCCCAGCAGGGCUGGGGAGCUGGGUGGGGUGCCAGUGGGGGUGGAGGGACCCUCCCCAGGCUGGGAGGGGUCCUUGCCCUUCUGCCCCACUGGCAAGAAUUAGAGUCUCGGUCUUGGAACCUCCUGGCAUUGGGACCAGAGCAUGUCUAGGAUUUUUGUUGUCGUUUUUAAUUACCUAACGCUUUUAGAAAGUGAAUGUUAGAAGGUGCCUCCUGAGAUAGGACGGAGCAUUUGCUCUGGCUGGAGAAGGCUCUGGUCAGCUCGGCCAGUCCCUUCCUGCCCCACAGACACCUGGCACUUUACAAGAGGGUUGGCCGCACCGUCUCCGGUUGAAGUGAGCCCCUUCUGUGCCUGUAUGACCUCAACCCCGUGGGGAGAUGCAUUCAGGGUGUAUUUGAGGUCUGAUUCAAAGUUCUGGGGCAUUAGGCAUAAGAGAGCUGGCUUCGAUGCUGUUGGGGAGAAUUC